AUGUACUACAAGUACAAUGCGGUUCUUCGACUUCCGCAGUCGCACAAGGUCAACAAGUACGUCACGACCCUCCACUGCGUUGUGAGCGGGGUGAUCAAGCUGUCCAAGACCACGAGGCUGCCCUCGUCGAGGGUUGUGUACCGGGGGCUCAAGGGCGUGCGGAUGCCGGCGAGGUUCGUGGAAGAGGACGCGCGAGGGGUGUCAGGGGGGGUGGAGUACGGGAUGCUCAGCACGUCGACAGACAGGCAGGUGGCGCUGCAGUACGCCAAGGAGGGCUCGCUGCCGACGCUUUUCGAGAUCAGCUGCGGGGCCAUCGACCGGGGAGCGGAUGUGGAGCUGCUGUCGCAGUACCCCGAGGAGAAGGAGAUCUUGUAUCCGCCGCUGUCGUACCUGGAGGUGAUGAAG